AUGCAGAUUACUGUCAUUAACAGAAACAGGAAACUUGAUUCCACCAGCAAGAUGGAAACAGACGUCGAAUUUCUGCGUGAUCAAGUCCACAGACUUAAUUCCUCCCUCAGCCAGUAUCAGCGUGGUGAGCUUGUUCACAUUAAACCAUCCCAGGGUGAAGAGGAAAAGACUGAAUUUGCUGCUCCCUGGCUUUCCGAUAGGAGUAUAAUGGCCCCUCUAAUAGCUGAAUAUGAUCGGCACAUUGAUGAAAUGUCUAAGCAACUGCAGAAGUACCAGGUGUCCAUGGCAGAUGUCAAGGCAAAGUUGGAGACUGUCGUUCAAGAAAAUGAAAGGUUGCAUACAGAACUAAGAGAAUCAGUUGAGAAGCAGCUUCAGUCAACCACAAAGACCUCUGGAGUGGAGUGCAGCACAGCAGAGGAGGAAGCAGUUGUUAAAAACCUCCAAGAGCAAAUAAAGCUGUCAGAACAGGAGCGGAUGCAGGCCAUGGAGUUGUGGCAAACAGCAACGCUAGAGCUUGAUCGCCUCCAGGAGGUCCACCAGAAGAGCCUCACAGAUGGACAUAAUGCCACUGCCAAGGAACAGCAGCUCAAGGAUCAACUUGUGGUUACCCAACAGCAUGCACAUAAACUUCAAGUGACCAAUCAGGAACUGCAAGUGACCAAUCAGCAGCUUCUAAUGACUGUCACGGAGCAGAGUACGGAGAUGGAGGGGCUACGCAGCCAGCUCAGAACGACCAAAGGUGAUUUGGGGACUGCUACCAACAAAGUGGAGGACAUGAAUAAACAGCUCCAGUUAAUUCAGCACCAGCUAAAGAUACAGGAGGAAGAUCUAAUUGAGGCUCACAGCCGAGAGGAAGCAGCAGAAAGACGAAUUCAACAGCUUCAGUCAACCAUAACUCAGAACGAGACCAGGCUGAAAACGACAUGCCAGGAGGCAGAUGAUGUUCGUGGAGCACAAACUAUGUGGGAGCAAAUGUCAGGAAAUUAUAAGGCCCGAUGCACUACCUUAGAACAGGAGAAGUAUGAAGCCCUGGAUAAAGUUCGGGAGAGUGUACAGAUGGCUGAGGAGGCAGUACUACAGAAAAAUGAGGCUCUAGUAAAAGAGAAGCAGAUGAUGGAAGAACUUGAAAAGACAAAGAAAGUCAUUCCACAGCUGAUUGAGGAUGCUGCCCUACGCACCAGAAAAGAGGUGGAUAAUAUUCGCAAACAGUGCAAUGUUGAACUCUGUCGUAUGGUCGAGGAGCUGUCCUUAUUGCAACUGGAGUGUGCAGACAAAGAAUCUCAAAUUGAGAGGUCUAAGCGGGAGAGAAAACUUUUAGAGGAUGAGCUGGCAAAGGUGGUUAAGGAGAGCAGAGCAGAACAAGAGCUUGGAAAAUUGGAUGUCCUUCACCAGAGGUGUCUCAGUGCAGAGAGGAAGAAAGAUGAAAUAAGCAUCACCUUGCAAAGUACCCAAAACAAACUAAAAAAGAUGGAAAUGGGCUACAAUGAAGAUUUGUCCCGCAUUCAGGAAGAGGUUAUGCGACUAAAGAAUUGUUUGGCUGUGGCAAGAGAGGACUGUGUGAAACUCAGUGAUGAGCGGCUCCAGCUACAACAAGAGAACUUUCAGAUACGCAGGGAGAUGGAUGAGCUACGCAAAUCCACCUUGCUUGUUGAAAAGAAAGCUAAACAACAGGCAUCACAGAUGGAACAAGAGUACAGCCUAAAGGAAAAGACCCUUAAUGCACAGAUGAGUGACUUGGAAGAGAGUAGUCGAAACUCAAGUGCCGAUCUGAUGCGUCUUCUGACUGCACAGAAAAAAAGUAUUCAACGAUGGAAAGAUGAAGCAAAGAACAUGUCACAGGCCUUUGCGAAUAAAAUGAAAAAUCUGAAGGCAGAGCUCAGUCAACAAAAGCAGCGGUCACAUGAGUUAGAGCUACAGCUCAAAAGUAACUUCAAAGUUAUUGAAGAGUAUGAGAGACAGCUAGCAGAGUCCCAAGAGAAAGCCAGUCGUCUCCAAAGACGCCUGACUGAUGUUGAGCAACGUGCAGCUAUUGCUUCACAACAGAUGACCAUCAUGACAUCCAAGCAAAGAAAAAUUCAUUUUUCUGAUGCAAAGAAUGAAUAA